CAAUAUUAACCCUUGGGGGAGGAUCCUUGAGUGCUGCUGUCGCACAACUACGGUAGACUACAGGCUGUACUUCCCGACUUGUGCUGUAUGAAUGUGGCAGUGGAGGGUCUCCACUACACGGGGAUACUUAAAAAUAGCUGCGAAAGGCGCUUAGGUAUGACUGGUACUACCGGAGGGUCUCGGUGGGACUGUCCGUAAAGAUGAGGAUUCCUCCGGUGUGGGCGCUGGGCGCUUGCCAGACUGGAUGAAGUGAGAAGUGAAAGGGAAACCUGCUGAGAGAUAUAGAGAGGGAAAAAACCACCACCACCUGGGACUGCUGAGGAGGACCUCUGUGCAGGUUCAUACGCCCGUCGGCAGGGUGGAGCUUCCUGACCCAUGGAGAAUUACUUUCAGGCCGAGGCCUUCAACCUGGACAAGGUGCUGGAUGAGUUUGAGCAGAACGAAGAUGAGACGGACACUCCCAUUUUGUCAGAUGCCAAGUGGACCCAGAUCUUGGCCCCGCCAACCCAUCUGCUUUCGCUGAACCCCGCCCUGGCCCACGCAGACCUCAGCCCCCGGGAGAGUCCACUGCCCUUUAAGACCCUCCCUGACUCAUCCUCCAACACCUCCCCGGGGGCUGACCCUAAGAGACACCCCAGUGCUGAGUCUUCAUCCUGGGCAGAGGAGCGGCCUGCAGAUGUCCACAGCCCACCCCUCCCACAGCCGAACAUUGGCAAACUGGUGGGCACUGAUGACCUCUCGCCGCCCCCAGUGACGGCUUGUAAUACUGUGGAGAAUGGCUGUCCUGCAAGCCCGCCACUCGACAGGCCCAGUAGGGAGAUCUCUUCUCCUCCAGACAUCCAGCCUCAUGCAUCUGAGCUGGAAGCUAAACCUCAACAGGAAGAGAGAGCUGCCUCAGCAGGAGGAGGGGGCUCAACUGGCACUCAUUUUACAUUUGAGGUAGGAAGUGGACAGGAAGAAACUCUGUCUGCUAAAAUUCUUUCAAAUGUGGAAUCAACAACACAAAAUGGAGAAGAGGCUGCUACAGCUGUUUUACAGGAAAAACAAUCUAAAAACUCCAAGGACAGCCAAGGGGGAGCUCUCCUGAAUGGAGGAAGGGAUACUGAGGUGGAGGAAGGUGGAGGAGUAGAGGAGAAGGAGAGGAGAUGUGCUUCAGAGGGACAGAUGGACCAGCUUCUCAGGAUUACAAGCCUUCCCAAUGGUUUGGAUCAGGAGAGCAGGUGCCAUUUGAAAGUGAAGGAGUCUGAGACUAAAGAGGAGGAGGAGGAGGGUGGGUAUUCAUCCACUCCUGUCCCUUCCAAAGAGGACUCUGUAACUGAGGAGAAAGAAAUGGAGGAAAGCAAGCAGGAGAGCAGUGAUGGAGGAGCAGUGGGGUCAGCUAGCAUCCAACCAAAACUCAACAACGGUCGGCUGCAGCCGGUCAGUGUGCCCUACGGAGGGGCGCGGCCAAAGCAGCCGGUCAGCCUCAAGCUCCAGAUCCCACAGCCUCUGUCUGGCCAGGUCCAGAAUCAGCUCAGCCUGUCUGCCGGCAGCAAGAACAAGAACCUCGAGAACCAGAGUCGGAGAGGCACGCCCUCUGAUGUGACGCUUGGCGGGACUGAUCAGAGUGCAGUUGGGGUGAAUGGAGAUGGGGCUGUCCACUCUCCUUGCCUAAUGCCCUCUGAGAGUCCAGAUAACGACCUUCAGGCAGGCCAGCAGGGGGCUCUGUGCAGGAAGCCCGCCAGCUCUCUUGGUGAGGUCGCCCCUGUGUGGGUGCCUGACUCCCAGGCUCCUGUCUGCAUGAAAUGUGAUGUCAAGUUCACCUUCACCAAGAGGAGGCACCACUGCAGGGCCUGCGGCAAGGUGUUCUGUGCUGCAUGCUGCAGCCUGAAGUGCAGGCUCCUCUACAUGGACCGGAAGGAGGCCAGAGUCUGCAUCACUUGUCAUUCAGCUCUGACGAGCGCUCAAUCUUGGGAGACACAAGUCCCUGGAAGCAACCAGAGCCCAAAUCCCAACAACCCAGCAGAGUACUGCUCCACCAUUCCACCACUGCAGCAGGCCCAGGCCUCGGGGGUCCUCAGCUCUCCCCCUCCUACUGUUAUGGUGCCCGUAGGAGUCCUGAAACAGUCUGGCAACGAGGCAUCCCUCUCGCGGGAGCAGAGGAGGGUGUGGUUUGCAGAUGGGGUCUUACCAAAUGGAGACACAGCAGAGUCUCCAAAACCUCAGACGUCCAGCCCCGCCCCCUCACAGUCAUUGGCCAUUUCGUCAUAUUCCAGCAAAUCUUCCACUUCUGGCUCCUCAGAGGCAGCCCAUACUCCUGUUGCCCCUGUAGGUAGCCCUGUGGGCAGCUCCGUCAGUCUGAUCCCGGAGGACGGACUCCCUCCCAUCCUCAUCUCCACUGGAGUCAAAGGAGGUAUGGGAGGCCACAUCACAGACUAUGCAGUGGAGGAGAAGCCAUCGGAGAUCGUGCUCAUGCAGCAACUGGAAGAAGGAGGCCCAGACCCACUGGUAUUUGUACUCAAUGCGAACCUGCUCGCCAUGGUCAAGCUGGUUAACUAUGUCAACAGGAAGUGUUGGUACAUGACAACUAAGGGCAUGCAUGCUGUCGGUCAGGCGGAGGUGGUCAUUCUGCUUCAGUGUCUACCUGACGAGAAGACCAUCCCUAAAGAUAUCUUCACCCACUUCGUGCAGCUUUACCAGGAGGCCCUCACUGGCAACGUGCUGAGCCACCUGAGUCAUUCGUUCUUCACGCAGAGCUUCCUGGGCAGUAAGGAGCACGGCGGCUUCUUGUACAUCAGUCCCUCUUUCCAGUCACUGCAGGACCUGCUGUUGCCCAACCCGCCCUACCUCUUUGGCAUCCUGAUUCAGAAGUGGGAGACACCUUGGGCCAAGGUCUUCCCCAUCCGCCUCAUGCUGCGACUGGGUGCAGAGUACCGAUUCUAUCCGUGUCCGCUGUUCAGUGUCCGCUUCAGAAAACCCCUGUUUGGAGAGACAGGACACACCAUCAUGAAUCUACUCGCAGACUUUCGUAAUUACCAGUACACACUGCCGGUGGUCAAAGGUCUGGUUGUGGACAUGGAGGUGAGGAAGACCAGCAUCAAAAUCCCAAGUAAUCGUUACAACGAGUUGAUGAAGGCCAUGAACAAGUCCAAUGAGCAUGUGCUGGCCAUGGGGGCGUGUUUCAACGACCGUGCCGACUCCCACCUCGUGUGCGUCCAGAACGACGACGGCAACUACCAGACGCAGGCCAUCAGCAUCCACCACCAGCCCCGCAAAGUUACCGGCGCCUGCUUCUUUGUGUUUAGCGGUGCUCUGAAAGCCUCAUCAGGCUUCUUGGCUAAGACCAGCAUUGUGGAAGACGGCGUGAUGAUCCAAAUCACAGCCGAAACCAUGGACUCCCUACGGCAAGCCCUGAGGGACAUGAAAGACUUCACCAUCACAUGUGGUAAAGCCGACCAGGAGGAAAACCAGGAGCUCGUCCAGAUCCAGUGGACAGAGGACGAUCACAACUUCAACAAGGGUGUGAUCAGUCCAAUCGAUGGGAAGUCCAUGGAGUCAAUCACCAGCGUCAAGAUCUUCCAUGGGUCAGAGUUCAAAGCCAACGGCAAAGUGAUCCGCUGGACAGAGGUGUUCUUCCUCCAGAGUGAAGACCAACCCAACGGCCUGAGCGACCCGGCCGACCACAGCCGCCUUACCGAGAACGUGGCCAGAGCGUUCUGCAUGGCACUGUGUCCGCACCUCAAGCUGCUCAAGGAGGACGGCAUGGCCAAGCUGGGCCUGAGGGUCACACUGGACUCUGACCAGGUGGGUUACCUAGCUGGAAGUAACGGACAGCCUCUUCUGCCUCAGUACCUCAGCGACCUGGACAGCGCUCUGAUCCCCAUCAUCCACGGCGGGGCGUGUCAGCUGAGCGAGGGCCCCAUCGUCAUGGAACUGGUCUUCUACAUCCUGGAAAUCAUCUCCUAGGAGACAUCGCACCGCUUCCAAACCCUUUUGGUUUAACGUUGAUGUCCUCUGUUCCGUUCGUCCUCCUGGAACGUCUCCUCCGUUUACACUUCAGAAAACUCCGGAAACUGUGCUCAUCCAGGCGGGUAGCGUUCCUCCUGUCAACCUAUGCAUCUGCCGCCUGUUCUGCUUCUAGAACCCAUCCCAUCACUCCAAUGUCACUGUGGCAGCCAGGGGUCCUGAAGCAAUGUACUCUGGGUAAAAUCUGCAAAGGCCUCUGUGUAGCAUGGAUGCUUUUACAGGAGAGAAUCAUAUCCUUCACUUAAACUGGAAAACAAAUGAUGGGGGAGGAGAGGGACGGUGCCUCUGUGAUGAGUUAUUAGUAUUUUUUGUGCACUCUGGUGUUCAGUGCCUGCAGCAGUGAUUCAUCAAAGGAAAAGGAAACAUCCCGGCUUCAGAUUCACCUCCUAAGCUUUACUCAUCAAUCACCAGAUGCUUUAUUUCAGACAGACACGCUAACAUGAUGCAGUUUGUACAUAUUUUUGUAGAUGGCAAUCUCUCCUUCAUUAUAACCCUACAUCUGUAGCCUCCAGAGAUGAAACUGAAAAAAAAAGAAAAAACUGCACAGCAGUUACAGACAGUAUUAACAAAGUGACCGUCACGGACUCUGAGCAGCUUCUGACUGAUGCCUGUGAAAUACAAGAACAUGUUACUCUGAAAUGGAAAAGCCCUUUUGUUCCACAUAAAAAAAAAGGUUCCAAUGCUUUAUCGAUAACUCCAACAACCUGUACAUACAACAGAGAAGAGGGAAAACAGGUUUUUAAUCUCACCAGUCCAUCUACGUCAGUUCUGUGUUCGCCUGCAGCAGUGGUUGGAAAAAUCACUCAUUUUGGUGUCUUUUUAAUCAUACAAAGAAUAUAACUGUCGAAGAUGUAAAGAUAUAAAUAUAUAUACAGUACAUAUAUAUAAAAAUAUCUAUUAGAACUGUAUUAAAAUGCAGAAGCAGUGCACUGGAUUCUAAGCCAUUUACAGGAGCGUUAAAUCAAGCGUCUGUUUUGCCACUGUGUCCUGGAAGAAAUCACUUUCCUACAGUGGACGUUUCACGUCGUAAAAAGAUCCAGGGUUCUGCAGACGAUUGACCUGAAGCUGAAUGUAUUUCAUCUCACAUUUUCUGCAAUGUGUCAUCCUUCCAAAGCCCUGAAAAUCCUCCUCAUCCUCAUUAUCUCUGAGAGUUUCUUUUUAAAGCAGACCUAGUAUAAGGAACCCAACAGGCCAUCUGUUGGGAGGUCUGGACUGUGCUCUCCUUCAGCAUCAUGGACCUGGGAAAAAAUAGAAGAAUGUAUUCCUCCUGUUUCUGUUGAAAUUUGAAACAUGGUUUUUCUUUUAUUUCCACCUUUUUUUUUUCCACCAAAAACCACCCAGUCAUGUCAGAACGCUUUGUACAGUAAUCAUUCUGCAAAGUGAGACAUUUCUCCAUCUUUGAUCAUGCUAAUCUAAAACCAGACGGGGCUACAAACAGUACUGUCAAACAUUUUAUCAGACGACGUCAAUCUUGUAGUCAUCAUGUAAGAAAAAAAUAACACCUCUCCAUCUGAGACAAUCAAUCACAUGAAAAUCUG